AUGAGUCUUAGCUUAAAAGACAAACAUGCUGUACCGCACUUAUUCUUCCCAAGAAGAAAUAAAUUUUCUUCUCUUGUGUCAUUACCAAAAGGACAUGGCCAUCAAAGAUCAAAUGGUGCAGUCUCAUCAUCACCGUUGAUAAACUAUAAAUCAUCAUUCAGGUACUCAAUGGCUCUGAUUGUUUCUCUCCCAAUUGGGACCCCACCACAGACUCUACCAAUGGUGUUGGACACAGGCAGCCAACUUUCAUGGACUCAAUGCCAAAGAAAGUUACCAAGAAUGUCCCCAACGACGUCGUUUGAUCCUUCUCUAUCUUCUUCCUUCUCUAACCUCCCAUGCAACAGCCCACUUUGCAUGCCACGAAAUCCCGAUUUUACCCUUCCAACUUCUUGUGUGAACAAUUUAUGCCACUAUUCAUACUUCUAUGCGGAUGGGACUUUAGCAGAGGGCAAUCUCAUCACAGAGAAAUUCAUAUUGUCACCUUCCCUAAUUACUCCUCCAUUGGUUCUUGGUUGCACCACCAGCUCCAGCGAGCCUCAGGGUAUUCUGGGAAUGAAUCUUGGGCGGCUAUCGUUUCCCUCCCAAGCUAAAGUCUCAAAAUUCUCUUACUGCGUGCCACUCCGACAAGGAACUCCGAGGAUUACACCGACCGGAACAUUUUACCUUGGAGAGAAUCCAAAUUCACAUUCAUUUAAAUAUGCCAAUCUUCUGUCUUUUCCUCAAAUACAAAGCAUGCCAAAUUUCGAUCCUUUGGCAUACACUCUUCCCAUGACGGGGAUAAUGAUCGGCGGAAAGAAAUUGAACAAACCGGUAUCAGUUUUCCGGCCGGAUUCUGGUGGUUCAGGCCAAACGAUGAUUGACUCCGGAACCCAGUACACAUUUUUAGUGGAUGAGGCAUACUCUAAGGUAAGAGAUGAAAUUGUGACAGUGGCGGGUCGACGACUAAAGCAAGGGGACAUGCAUGGAGGAUCAUUGGAUAUGUGCUUUGACGGAAACCCUAUUGAGAUCGGGAGGUUGAUUGGGGAUAUGGUUUUUCAAUUUGAAAAUGGUGUAUAUAUUUUGAUAAAUAAGGAAAGGAUUUUGGAUGACGUAGGAGGUGGGGUCAACUGCAUAGGCAUCGGACGGUCGUCACUACUUGGUACUUCAAGUAACAUUUUUGGCAAUUACCAUCAACAAAAUCAAUGGGUAGAAUUUGAUCUUGUUGGUCGAAACGUAGGAUUUAGCGCAGCUGACUGUAAAAAAUUAGAAUAAAAGGAUAAUAUAAAUGUUUUUGAAUGUAGUAUAUGCUAAGCAAAUACGUAUA